AUGCUAUAUACUGUCUCCCUUAGCCUGCUGGCCCUGCCAGUCGCGCAGGUGCUUGCAGAACCAACGCCAAGUAGCACGCCUGCGCCUGUCAAUGUGACAACGUGCAAUGGCAGGACCUACACCUACUCCGCCCUCGCAGGCUACGGUAAGCUGGCCAGCGAUGCGCGCGACAAGUUCGGUGACACCAUUGGUGGCAUCGGCAGUGCAAUUGCGCUCGAUAAGAAGAGCUGGAAGAGCAAGAAGGGAAAGACGGAAGCGUACCAGGGAAUUGUAUAUGGUCUCCCUGAUCGCGGCUGGAACACGCAGGGCACACAAAACACCCAGAGCCGCAUUCACAAGUUCGGCUUCGACUUUGAGAUCGUGGACGCUACCUUGGAGAAGCCGGCGUCGCCCAACUUCAAGCUCACGUAUCUUGAUACGCUGCUGCUUACUGGCCCGGACGGCACGCCGUUGACUGGCCUUGACCCCACUGGUAACAUCACAUACAAAGGCUUCCCAAGCCUUCCAUUGGCGAUAUACACUGGCGAUGGAUUUGGCAACAACGGAACAGGAGGAUCGCGUGUUCCUCUCGACACCGAGGGCCUGGUGCUUGGUAAUGAUGAAUCUUACUGGAUCAGCGAUGAGUACGCGGCAUACGUCUACCAGUUCGACAAGAACGGCAAAAUGAUCCAGGCCAUCCGCACUCCUGACGCCUUCGUCCCCCUGCGCAACGGUACUGAAUCGUUCAGCGCUGCCUCUCCUCCGAUCUACAAUCAGGACUUCGAAAUCUCUCCCAAGGACCCUUCAACCGGACGCGCCAACAACCAAGGUCUUGAGGCCUUGACUGCUAGUCCAGAUGGAAAGUACAUGUACACGAUGUUGCAGAGCGCCACGAUCCAGGAUGGCGGCUCUAAAUCGUCCACACGUCGCAACACGCGCCUUCUCAAAUAUCGCGUCAAGACCAAGUCAGUCGAGCUCGAAGCCGAGUACGCUGUUCAGCUUCCCGUCCUGUCGAACGGAAAAGUAGCCGGUCAGUCUGAGAUGCACUAUAUUUCCGACACUCAGUUUCUUGUCCUCGCGCGCGACUCCGGCGCUGGUCAUGGCCAAGAUGCAUCCGCGUCCAUCUACCGCAACGCGGAUGUAAUCGACAUCUCCAACGCCACGAACAUCAAGGGAAAGUAUGAUGACUUCAAUGUUCAGAUCGCAAGCAGCAAGGGCGUGCUCAAGAGCGAUGUUGUGCCGGCUACCUACUGUCCAUGGUUGUCGUACAAUGUGAAUUCGCAGCUCAACCGCUUUGGUGUGCGCAAUGGAGGCGCGCAAGAUGCGAACCUGUUGAACGAGAAAUGGGAGAGCUUCGCGAUUGCGCCGGUCGAUGAGGAUUUCCAGACAAAGGGCGAGGGUAAAGAGUACUACUUGAUCUCGUUCUCGGACAACGACUUCAUCACCCAGAACGGAUACAUCAAUUUCGGUAAGCAGGCGUACAAGGACUCGUCUGGUUACAGUCUGGACUCGCAAGUCCUUGUGUUCAAGGUCAGGUUGCCCAAGGGUGCGAAGCCCUUGUAG